AGAAAAGCCAUUAUUUUGGGGGCAUGCACAGUGACAGAUGAGAGUCACUGGGCACUAUGACCCAGCAGAUAGCCUCCUGUUAGAGAGAGAGAGAGAGAGAGAGAGAGAGAGAGAGAGACCAGGCUGUGAUGGUGAGUGCUGCUCGUUGAUGUCACAGUGUGUAUAAAAGUGAGACUUUGGGUUGGCUCACCAUUCAACCACAGGGGGUCUGGGGGAAAAGCGCUCUGGAAAACAUCUGCCCUACACGCGGAUUAUCUGUGACAUCCCCCCCCCUCCCCAGAUGUUGGGACAUCAGAACGCUCUGCGCAUCCCCCUUUUCGUCUCGCGUUUUGUUUUACAACGUCUGAGAAGUUUUCUUUUUAUGGCUACAACAAGGAAAAGUUUGAAUGGCGAGGGAUGGAUAUUCGCCUCCACAAUUUGCCACCUGCGCAUUCAAACCUGAAGUAGAAGGAAACAUGAGAUUGAGAGGAAUCACUGUUAGGAAUCAGACUGAAUACGCCACCUAACUGGGUCGGAUGGCACGCUCAAGGAGACGUCCGUUGGGAGAAAGGACGCCCUAAAAGUCAAGACAUCGCGGAAGGAAACCUCAAAGUAUGACAUAAAAGUGAUGGAGCGCUCCGGUCAAGUCGAGCCGACUCCGCCGGUGAACGCCACGAACGGCACCGCGGCCUCUUCGCUUGUGCCCGUGAGCGCGGAGAGUCUCGCCGCUCAGCUCAGCCUGGCGGUGAUUCUCUCCGUCUUCACACUCGCCACCACUUCAUCUAACGCGUUCGUCAUCGCGACAAUCUCCCAGUCGAAGAAACUGCAAACCCCUGCGAACUUUCUGAUCGCCUCUCUGGCCGUCACCGACCUGCUGGUGUCCAUUCUGGUGAUGCCCAUCUGCGUCCUCUACACGGUCAUCCACACCUGGACGCUGGGGCAAAUUGUGUGCGACAUCUGGCUCUCCUCAGACAUAACGUGCUGCACGGCGUCCAUCCUGCACCUGUGCGUAAUCGCGCUGGACAGGUACUGGGCCAUCACGGACGCGGUGGAGUACUCCAAAAAGCGCACGCCGGGGCGCGCAGCGGCGAUGGUGGCCACGGCCUGGGUCAUCGCCAUCUCCAUCUCCCUGCCGCCGCUCUUCUGGCGGCAGGUGAAGGCGGACGAGCUGACGAGCUGCAACGUCAACACGGAUCACAUUUUCUACACCAUCUACUCCACCUUCGGGGCUUUCUACAUCCCCACGCUGCUGCUCAUCGUGCUCUACGGACGGAUUUACGUCGAGGCCCGGAAGCGGAUCCUGAAGCAGUCGCCCAAGAAGUUGGGGGGGAAGAGGCUCACCUCGGCGCACCUGGUCACCAACUCGCCCGGGUCCGUGGCGUCCACGACCUCCCUGCAGUGCGCGAGACACGACACGCCGUCCAGCGACACGGGGUCUUCGACCAGCGAGAACCACGUGAAAGUGACCGUGUCCGACGCGCUGUUGGACAAAAAGCGCAUCUCGGCAGCCAGAGAGAGGAAGGCGACCAAGACGUUGGGCAUAAUCCUCGGUGCUUACAUCGUUUGCUGGCUGCCGUUUUUCAUUUACACAUUGGUGGUGGCCACCUGUGACACGUGUUUUAAUCCCGAACUGUUUGACUUUUUCACCUGGUUGGGGUAUCUGAACUCGCUCAUAAACCCGAUCAUAUACACAAUGUCCAAUGAGGACUUCAAGAAAGCUUUCCAUAAACUUGUGCGCUUCAGAUGCUGCCGGUCGUAAAUGUUGCUCAUGUGUGUUUUUGGAUAUGGAUUUCUGAAAAAGUACGAGAGUAUAAAAUAGUAAGAGUGCAACACACGCUAUAGUUGUUUGGGACUCGUGGACAAAUAAGAUGUGCAAGAAAAAGUUACAAAAUAAAUCAAAGUUUAGUCAUUGGUUAAGAUUUAAAAUCACAACCGUUAAAGAAUACAUUAACCUUUAUUCCCGUGGAUUUAAAACUCAAACCAAGUGAGACACAAAAAAGGUUUCAUUAGAACAAGAUUUUAUUUUGAAAGAUGGAGAAGAAAUCCAACUUUAUGCCCCUUUAUAAAAUCAUUAACAUGUGCCAUAAAAAAAUCCUAUUUGUAAGCAAUGUGAUAGGUUGUAGGAUUUCUUUGUGGAUGGUAUUUACGUGUACAUAUUCCACACAAAGACUUAAUGCGAGUAACAGCUCAGAUCAUAAACAUCAUAUGCAGAAUAUAUUUUUUGAAAACCGCAACUUUUUUCUCGUUACGUGUUAAAAUACGGUAGAUUCCUUUUGAAAAAUCUCAUAAAUAUAUCCGUGUAUUAUGAUAAAUUAUACCAGUAGGAUACAUUUUUAUUAUGCUGCUAGCUGCCACUCUGACUGAAUCACCUUUUGUUGUAAGGCACAGUUGAAAAAAAAGAGAAAGGAAUCGUAUCAGUGUCAAACAAAGAAACUGCAGCAGAUAUUUACACAGCAGUGCUGAAAGCUGAUCAUAACUUCAAUUUUGCUGAACAAACAUCACCGUGGUUUACUGUAUGUGCGUCUGUUUGCUGCUACAUUCAGUCUGUAUCUACAGCGUGUCAUGUUCAUGUGGGAAACAGUUUCCUCGCUCUAUAGAUACCGCAGAGCUCCAAAAACAAUUGAGGGUUUGUCCGCGUUAAAUGAAAUCAAAGUAUGUUUUGCUCAAUGAAUUUAACAUUCAGAUAAGCUGUGCAAUAAAGGCUUAAAGUAUUUAUUUUGUUCUAGAAGUGGGAGAUUAAAUCUAGUUCAAAACUUAUUGAAAAUCCUCAGUGAGAAUAUUUCUAUCAUUACUGACACAUGAUAUUUGUUGAGUGCACUUGUGGUAUUACCAUGAAAUGAAAUGAGACUGCAGAUCAAUGCUCCCAUCACCAUGAUGUCCAAAUGAAUUCCAGCAACCUCUCGAGGCCCCGGCAGAACGUGACGGAGCAUUAAGCAGUGCACAUUCAUUUUGAUGAAUCCGCGUCAAUUCACACGUGUUACUCUUGACGUUGCUCUCUAAUGUCAGGGUCGCUUCUGCCUGAGCUUCUCAAGGUUUGCGCUCGCCACCAUCUUCCGGCCCUCUCAGUGUCUCUGCUUCCUUCCAAGAGGAGGACGCAGUUUGCCUGGUGAACGAUAAGUCACGAGAGGCCGCGCUCUUCGGGUGCACUUCACAGAAGAGGCCAACACACGUGCAAACACGUACGCUUUCCAUGUCUGGGUGUUCGAAGCGUUGAUUGGAUUCUCUGCAGCAGUUGAUAACAUGUCAAGAGACAUGACAAAAGUAAAUCUGAUAUUUAAAAUUCAAGUAUAUUAUCGGGAGUAUUGGACAACAAGUGUUUGCAAGCCCUUUUGGAUUCAGAGUCACAAGUUAAAACUACUUGAAGAUCAUCCAAGUAUAUAAGUAUGUAAACAGGAGAUCCUAAAAAAGAAUGAUUAAUCCUAUGUUUAAUUAACUGCGUAAAGAACGGUUUAUUAUUGGGAAAAGUAUUUGUCGAGGCUCACAAGAAACAGCUUCCCUUCAAUGACACUAGAUAACAAUGAGAAAAAUCUUCAAUUUACAGCCAACCGACAAAAGUGAAUCCAAAAGGGCCCAAGAACAAAAGAGGGACACGUUUCACGGCUCGGGUUUGAUUCCUGAUCUGUAAGCAAACCAAAUAGGACAAAUUAGUUGUGCAUGUUAUUCCCAUUCAAAAGAAGGGGAAAAAAGGAAAAAUGGGCACCAUGUUGAGGUCAGAGAUCAAGUUAGUCAGUGGCUCCAUUGGUUGUCUGUUUUAAAACUGUAAGCUUACACGCUGCUCUACCUAUCAGGGCCCACGGGUGCAGCUUUGUUUUUGACAAAUGCAUUAAUAAACCUUAACAUAUGCUUACAACUGUAGAAUAAAGCAUCUAUUUAAAGUUUAUACUGUUUAUGAAAGAUCGAUGAAUGCUCUUUUUGUCAUUUCUUUGGGACUUUGCAAGUUUUAUCUGUGCAUGGUGAAUUGUUUUGGCUUAUUGGAUGAUGUCUUGUAUCCGUCAAUGUCUUAAUUGAAGGUGUAGCUGCCGGUCUCAAGCUUUUUAUUUGAUUCUUAUUGUUCACGUGGGUGUUUAUCUGACAAAGACUUUGUAGAUUCAAACGUUGCAUUAAAUGAGUACUCUACUGAUCCACCAUUGCACUUCCAUAUCUUCGUUGGAUUAACAAUAAACACUCAAUGUCCCACAUUU